CUGCUCAGAAUAUGCUCUGGCCUUAAUACAGGGACAUUUAACUUUGAUUUCCUACAGGGAACAAACAUCUACAUCGUUUCACAGUGAAAUUCAGUCCCUGUGACUGUAACAAGUUAGACUUGAUGAAGAAAAACUUGGGAAAGAUCUAAGCAUCAUUCAGUGAGGUUCAUAGAGACAGGAAGCUGCUGGAACUUGGCAACUCAGUUUGUAAAGUGAUUGUUGAGGAUGUUGUGGGAUCCUGCAGGGAUGUUGUGGGAACUGGCUUUGUACUGUUUGAUAAGUUCAUCCUGACUAACGCCCACUUGUUCAAGAACUGGAGACGAUAUGGAGAUAAUUUGAUGAAGUAUGUAAAUGUUACCACUGUGUUCAACUAUGAAGAUGACAACCUGCACUUAAACUGGAACAAGUUUCAGGUUAAGAGCAUGUUAGACGUGUCAGACAAACUAGAUUAUAUGAUACUUGAACUUCACCAUGAUGCCGUGACUGAAAACAAGAAGGUACCACCAGGGCUCCUGAAGAAAUUUGGCCCAAUGCCUCCAAAUGGUGAAGCCUGUAUUAUCGGCCACCCAGCAGGAGGAGUGAAGAAAAUGGAUCCUACAUGUAUCAUUGAGAAAGAGAAGAGAGGGCAGGUUGUUGAUGAACGUUUACGUCCAUACGGGAAAUAUCCAUUCUUUAUCCACAGAUUCAGUGAACAGCUCAAAGAUAAAGGCAUUGAAGACAUAAUGGUGGGUGGAAACGAAGCAGAACAAGUGUCGACAUACAACACAUUCAUGUAUCACGGCUCUUCUGGUUCCCCAGUGUUUGAUGGUCAGUGCAGAGUUUUUGGUCUGCACACUGCAGGAUUUCCCUAUGAGUUUGCACACAAAGAAGUGUAUGUGAUUGAAUGUGCCAUUUCUCUGCUUAUUAUAUUUGAAAGUUUUGUGCGUAAGCUGAAGGAAAAGAGAAAUGAGGAGCUGUUGAAGAGAGUUCAGGAGGAAGCAAAGGGAAAUCCAUACCUAACAGACAUACUCAAGGCUGAGUCGGUAGAUGUUGAACCAAUGGAUGUUGAUUAAGAAUGAUCUGUAAUUCAGAGGCUCCUCAAGUAUCAGAACACAUCUGGUUGCAUUUGUGUUGUUUUUUUUUUGUUUUUUUUUCAUCUUCAGUAAAUCUAUAAAAUAUAGUUGCUUUUGCUUUUACAGUAUUAUUAAAACUGUCUUUUCAUUCUGUGGCCUUACUCGACUUUAACCAUCGGUUGUUAAAUGUUAGUGAUGUAACAGUGUAAAGCCCCUUUCAGACAUGGUACCUGUACAUUUGCUGUCUAUAUGUGGAUGUGUACCAGUUUACAUUUUGGUGUUCAGAGUUGCUGUGUGUGAAAUUCUUGGUGAAGUUUUGUUGGUAGCACUCUGCUGGCUAUGUGACACGUUCAGACGUGAUGCCUAGAUGUGAAAUAGCAGGUAAAUUCAUGGGUAAGGUUGCCGGUCUGAAAACGGCUUAAGACUUUCAGUUGUAUUAAAUCUCAUGUGCUUGGUUCUGUUCAAACUGUUCUUAGUUUUUCCAUAGUUAUAUUAACAACAUGUCACAUUUUACCCUCUGCAAUCUAAAUCUAAAUGAAGUUGUAUCCAUGUAUGCUCCAGUCACAACAGAGGGCUUUUAUGUUUCUGUGGUGCAGGUAAACUAGGACUUUAAAGCUGUUGGCCACAAACUUUUUCAGUUGGGCCUCCCUGUCAUGGACCCCAGUUUUGGAUCCACUGCUUUUUAAAGGCAUGGUUCAAAUACCUUUCCACUCUAUGAACGUUUCCCACACUCUGCCCUGAGAAAACAAAUGUUCACACACUGUCUGGAAAUGUCCGCGAAAUAAAAACAUUCUCAAAUUUAAAGUUCGAAUUAGGUGAUUUAUUUCACUGCUCAGGAUGACUUUGGGUUGCUUUAAUGUGUUUUUGCUCAAAAAUAAUCAUUAAAUGAAUGUUCUUUUACACCGAAAGCAAAAACAAUCACUCUACAGUACUGCUCAAAUUUCCAUCCUGAGUAAAAAAGAAAAAAAAAAAAAUUCUGCAGAUUCUGUUUGGGCCCACUGAUCGGAGCUUUUCCAUUAGGUAUAAGACUAAACAUCACAUAACACAACAGUUUGUAAAAUGUUAAAUGUGGUGAUGAAGCGGGUCAGAACAAGACGUUUUCCAUUUCUGACAGACACAGGAGCUGUUUUCUUCAGUUUGUCCAUCACGUUCUCAGGUACAAGUGAAGUGGAAGCAUCAAAUACCUAGAGGGCAAAGUGUAACGUCACUGUACCUUAAGACCUGACAAACCUUCCUGCACAGAAAAAACAAGUUGGUGUAGGA